AUGUCUUCUGCCGACUUCGGCAGGGACCUUUACGACAUCCUCCCGCAGCGUGACCCCCGCACCAAGGGGUGGAUGCUGGUCGGCAACAAGACCUUCCUGGUCACACUAGUUGCCGGCUAUGUGUACCUAGUCAAGAUAGCAGGACCCAGGUUCAUGAAAGGACGCCAGCCGUACGAAGGCCUCAAGCCGUUCAUCCUCCUUCAUAACCUGUUCAUGAUCGUCGCCAAUGCCUACUACGCCAUCAAAUUCUUAUCCAGGUCCUACCUGGGAGGUGGCUACAACAUCAUUUGCCAGGGCAUCGACUUCGAGGCUAGAGACAAGGUCACGAUGGAGUACCUGGAACUUUGCUGGUGGAACCACUGGGUGAGAAUGGCCGACCUCCUGGACACCAUCUUCUUUGUACUUCGAAAGAAGGACUCGCACGUUUCCUUCCUUCACGUUUUCCACCACGGCGCAGUGCUCUUCUGCGGCUGGUAUGCUCUCGCCUACGGUGCAGAUGGACAGCCUGCCUUAGGAAUUUUCGUCAACAGUUUCGUUCACGUCGUCAUGCACUCGUACUACUUCCUGUCUCUUCUGGGUCCCGUUUUUCGCCCGUACCUCUGGUGGAAGCGACACUUGACGCAGCUCCAACUGCUACAAUUCGGCAUCAUAUUCAUCCACGGCUUGUUUCCGCUGUUCAUCGACUGCGGCUAUCCCAGGUUCCACAUGGUGCUUGGGCUUUUUCCGCUAGUCGUCAUUACCGUUCUAUUCUUUCAUUUUUACGUGAAUGCCUAUCUGAGACGGAGCGGUCUCAGCGAUAAAGCCCAGUGAUUAAUUUGUUGGCUGUUUUCUUGUCGCUGACAAAUGUACUGAAAAUGUUAUUCGUGCUUAAAAGAGUAAA